GCUCUCCUCCCUCCGUGAGGCGGCGGCGGCGCGCUCCUGAGGCGAGCGGGGGGCUGAGGCACUGGGGCCCGGGCAGGCCGCGCCGGGCGGGCGCGGAGGGAGGCGCUGAGGUAGCUGGGCGGUGAAAGGGGAGCAGCGCGGCCGGCGCCGCUUGAGGAGGGGUGAGACCGGUCGCCUCUCCACACCCCCCCCGCACCCCGCUCCUCGCCGCCGUUCCCCGCCCCUCUCCUUCGGCUGCGCGCUCGCCGCGGCGAUGUGGUGAGAGGGAAGCGCCCCGCGCGCUGCGGCUGUGAGGGGGCGCGGGCCGCCGGGAGCCCUGUCGCGACAGGACUUCCAGUGAAUGGAGGAAGACACUUUUUACUAGAGAUUCCACUUGUCUAAAGAUAUCGAGUGUUUGGGUUACACGCAGUGGAACAGGAUCGCCAUGUUUCGAAACAGUCUCAAGAUGCUUCUUACAGGAGGGAAGUCAAACCGCAAAAACAGGUCCAGUGAUGGAGGGAACGAGGAGCCACCAGACCGAAGACAGGCAAGUGUAGACUCCCGUCAGAGCCGAUCUGGGCAAGGCACCUCCACAGAGAACGACUGUGCUUUUGAACCAGACUACGCUAUUCCGCCACUCCCAGUGACCGAAGGUAUGCAGCACAUUCGGAUUAUGGAGGGCAUGUCCCGCUCCCUUCCAUCCUCCCCCUUACUCACACAUCAGUCUAUCAGUGUUCGGCUCCAACCUGUGAAGAAGUUAACUGCCCCUUUGAGGAAAGCAAAGUUUGUUGAGAGCCCUCGAAUCCCUGAGUCUGAGCUUGGCUCCCCAACACUUUCUUCAGCACAGAAACUGGACGUUGAUGCAUACUGCCCUGGUGACACUGAGCAGGAGCUGGGACCCCCUCCAUCCGUAGAUGAGGCAGCAAAUACACUCAUGACUCGCCUGGGCUUCCUCCUCGGAGAGAAAGUCACGGAGGUUCAGUCAGGGCCCCAGUACAGCAUGGAGGUGCAGGAUGAGAACCAGAGCUUGGCCGUGACGCAGCGCAUCAGCCCCUGCUCCACGCUGACCAGCAGCACGGCCUCGCCGCCCGCCAGCAGCCCCUGCUCCACGCUCCCGCCCGUCAGCACCAGCGUCACCACCAAGGAUUGCACCUACGGCGCCGUCACCAGCCCCACCUCCACGCUGGAGAGCAGGGACAGCGGCAUCAUAGCUACUUUGACAAGCUACUCAGAAAAUGUGGAACGCACUAAAUAUGGAGGGGAAAGCAGUAAAGAACUUGGAUCUGGAGGAAACCUGAAACCUUGGCAGUCCCAGAAAUCCAGCAUGGACUCGUGCUUAUACCGCGUGGACGAGAACAUGACGGCCUCCACCUACAGCCUGAACAAAAUCCCGGAGAGGAACCUGGAGACGGUCUUGUCCCAGUCAGUGCAGUCUAUUCCUCUUUACCUGAUGCCACGGCCGAAUUCGGUAGCAGCCACCAGCUCAGCCCACUUAGAAGAUCUCGCUUACCUGGAUGAGCAGAGACACACUCCCCUGCGGACCUCCCUGCGGAUGCCGCGGCAGAGCAUGGCCGGUGCCCGCACGCAGCAGGACCUGCGAGUGCGCUUUGCACCCUACAGACCUCCCGACAUCUCUCUGAAGCCGCUGCUUUUCGAGGUGCCCAGCAUCACCACCGAGUCCGUCUUUGUUGGCCGGGACUGGGUGUUCCACGAGAUAGAUGCCCAGCUCCAGAGUUCAAACGCCAGCGUCAACCGAGGCGUCGUCAUUGUUGGGAAUAUCGGCUUUGGGAAAACCGCCAUCAUCUCCAGGCUGGUGGCGCUCAGCUGCCACGGCACAAGGAUGAGGCAGAUUGCUUCUGAUAGCCCCCACGCCUCCCCUAAACAUGUGGAUGCAAACCGAGAGCUGCCCCUGACCCAGCCGCCUUCUGCCCACUCGUCCAUCACCAGCGGGAGCUGCCCCGGGACCCCCGAGAUGCGCCGGCGCCAGGAGGAGGCCAUGAGGAGGCUCGCGUCGCAGGUCGUUGCUUAUCACUACUGCCAGGCUGACAAUGCCUACACCUGCCUGGUGCCAGAGUUUGUGCACAACGUGGCCGCGCUGCUCUGCCGCUCGCCCCAGUUCGUCGCCUACAGGGAGCAGCUCCUGCGAGAGCCCCACCUGCAGAGCAUGCUCAGCCUGAGGUCCUGCGUGCAGGACCCCAUGGCCUCCUUCCGCAGGGGAGUCCUGGAGCCCUUGGAGAACCUGCACAAAGAGAGGAAGAUCCCUGAUGAAGAUUUCAUUAUAUUAAUUGAUGGUUUAAAUGAGGCUGAAUUCCACAAGCCAGAUUAUGGAGACACCAUAGUAUCAUUCCUGAGCAAGAUGAUUGGAAAAUUCCCUUCCUGGCUGAAGCUGGUAGUGACAGUCAGGACAAGUCUACAGGAAAUAAUUAAGCUGUUGCCCUUCCACAGAAUAUUUUUGGAUAGACUGGAAGAGAAUGAAGCUAUAGACCAGGACCUGCAGGCGUAUAUCCUUCAUCGGAUACACAGCAGCUCGGAGAUCCAGAACAACAUCUCACUCAACGGCAAAAUGGACAACACUACGUUUGGCAAACUCAGUUCUCACCUCAAGACCUUGAGCCAAGGGUCCUACCUGUACCUAAAACUCACUUUUGAUCUCAUCGAGAAAGGAUACCUAGUACUAAAAAGCUCCAGCUACAAAGUAGUGCCAGUGUCUCUGUCAGAAGUUUACCUGUUGCAGUGCAAUAUGAAGUUCCCAACGCAGUCUUCCUUUGAUCGGGUUAUGCCUCUCUUGAAUGUGGCAGUGGCAUCUCUGCAUCCAUUAACAGAUGAACAUAUUUUUCAGGCCAUUAAUGCAGGUAACAUUGAGGGCACUUUGGAGUGGGAUGACUUUCAGCAGAGGAUGGAGAACCUUUCUAUGUUUCUUAUCAAACGUAGAGAUAUGACGCGAAUGUUUGUUCAUCCCUCUUUCCGAGAAUGGCUUAUUUGGAGAGAAGAAGGUGAAAAGACCAAGUUUCUUUGUGAUCCUAGGAGUGGCCACACAUUACUUGCCUUCUGGUUUUCCCGUCAAGAAGGAAAACUAAAUCGACAGCAAACUAUUGAACUGGGACAUCACAUUCUCAAAGCACAUAUUUUUAAGGGGCUGAGUAAAAAAGUUGGGGUAUCUUCCUCCAUCCUGCAAGGGCUUUGGAUCUCCUACAGUACGGAAGGUCUUUCCAUGGCCUUGGCAUCUCUGAGAAAUCUCUACACUCCAAACAUAAAGGUCAGUCGGUUGCUGAUUUUAGGAGGUGCAAACGUGAAUUACCGCACUGAGGUUCUGAACAACGCCCCUAUUCUGUGUGUCCAAUCUCACCUGGGCUACACCGAGAUGGUGGCUUUGCUCUUGGAAUUUGGGGCCAAUGUAGACGCCGCUUCGGAAAGUGGCCUCACCCCCCUUGGCUACGCGGCUGCUGCUGGAUUCCUGAGCAUCGUUGUGCUGCUCUGCAAGAAAAGGGCUAAGGUGGAUCAUUUGGACAAAAACGGUCAGUGCGCUCUGGUUCACGCUGCUCUCAGAGGACACUUGGAGGUGGUGAAGUUCUUGAUCCAAUGUGACUGGACCAUGGCUGGGCAGCAGCAGGGAGUGUUUAAGAAGAGCCACGCCAUCCAGCAAGCGCUGAUCGCUGCAGCCAGCAUGGGUUACACCGAGAUUGUCUCCUACCUGCUCGAUCUUCCAGAAAAAGAUGAAGAGGAGGUGGAGCGAGCCCAGAUCAACAGCUUUGACAGCCUUUGGGGAGAGACAGCUCUGACGGCGGCGGCCGGGCGCGGGAAGCUGGAUGUGUGCCGGCUUCUCCUGGAGCAGGGUGCUGCCGUGGCACAGCCCAACCGCCGCGGGGUCGUCCCGCUCUUCAGCGCCGUCAGGCAGGGCCACUGGCAGAUUGUAGAUCUCUUGCUCACGCAUGGCGCCGAUGUGAACAUGGCAGACAAGCAGGGCCGGACGCCGCUGAUGAUGGCUGCAUCUGAGGGACAUCUGGGCACAGUGGAGUUCCUGCUUGCACAAGGUGCUUCCAUUUCUCUGAUGGACAAAGAGGGCUUGACAGCCCUCAGCUGGGCUUGUCUGAAGGGACAUCUCUCCGUGGUGCGGUCCCUGGUGGAGAACGGAGCUGCCACCGACCAUGCAGAUAAGAAUGGACGCACUCCCCUGGACCUGGCAGCGUUUUACGGCGAUGCAGAGGUGGUUCAGUUUCUGGUGGACCAUGGGGCCAUGAUUGAGCACGUUGACUACAGCGGGAUGCGCCCCCUUGACAGGGCAGUGGGGUGCCGCAACACCUCGGUCGUCGUCACUCUCCUGAAGAAAGGAGCAAAGAUAGGUUGUCAGACGUUACCGAGUCGCCCACGAGGUCCAGCAACAUGGGCGAUGGCAACCUCCAAACCAGACAUCAUGAUCAUCCUCUUGAGCAAGCUGAUGGAAGAGGGAGACAUGUUUUAUAAGAAGGGUAAAGUGAAAGAGGCUGCCCAGCGCUACCAGUACGCCCUGAAGAAAUUCCCAAGGGAAGGGUUUGGAGAAGACCUGAAAACCUUCCGUGAGCUGAAGGUCUCGCUCCUGCUCAACCUCUCCCGAUGUCGAAGGAAAAUGAACGAUUUUGGAAUGGCGGAGGAAUUUGCUACUAAAGCACUGGAGUUGAAACCGAAAUCUUACGAAGCUUACUAUGCAAGAGCAAGGGCCAAGCGCAGCAGCAGGCAGUUUUCAGCAGCCCUGGAGGACCUGAACGAGGCCAUCAAGCUGUGUCCCAACAACCGGGAGAUCCAGCGGCUGCUGAUGCGGGUGGAGGAGGAGUGCAGGCAGGUCCAGCAGCAGCAGCAGCAGCCGCCGCCGCUCCCGGUGGAGCCUGAACCUGAAGCCCAGCACGAAGAGCUCUAUUCUGUGCAGGACAUCUUUGAGGAGGAGUACCUCGAGCAGGAUGUAGAAAAUGUUUCCAUUGGCUUGCAGACAGAGUCCAGGCCAAACCAAGGGCUGCCCAUCAUCCAGAGCCCACCCCCAUCCCCAGCUCACAGGGACUCAGCCUAUAUUUCUGGCUCACCCCUUGGCUCUCAUCAGGUCUUUGAUUUCAGGUCCAAUAGCUCCGUGGGUUCACCAACCAGGCAAGGGUACCAGUCCACAUCUCCUGCUCUGUCUCCUACGCACCAAAACUCACAUUACAGACCCAGUCCUCCACACACAUCCCCUGCUCACCAGGGCUCCUCUUACCGCUUCAGCCCACCUCCUGUUGGAAGUCAAGGGAAAGAAUAUCAGAGCCCACCACCUUCUCCUCUUCGCAGAGGUCCUCAGUAUCGUGCCAGCCCCCCAGCAGAAAGCAUGAGCGUUUACAGGUCACAGUCUGGUUCCCCAGUUCGUUAUCAGCAAGAACCCAGCGGGGUCAACCAGCUCCCUGGUAGACCAAAGUCUCCGUUAUCCAAGAUGACGCAGAGGUCUUUCCAGAUGCCCCAGCUCCCCGUGGCCGUGCCGCAGCAGGGGCUGAGGCUGCAGCCAGCCAAGGCGCAGAUCGUGAGGAGCAACCAGCCCAGCUCAGCCGUCCAUUCCAGUACUGUAAUCCCAACCGGUGCUUACAGCCAGGUUGCCCACUCGAUGGCCAGCAAGUACCAGUCGUCGUCAGGGGAAAUGGGGGUUAGCCAGAGCAGGUUGGUCUACCAGGGCUCCAUCGGGGGCAUCGUUGGUGACAGCAGACCAGUGCAGCACGUUCAGGCGAGCCUCAGCGCGGGAGCGAUCUGUCAGCAUGGAGGGCUGGCCAAAGAAGACCUUCCACAGAGACCAUCCUCAGCAUACAGGGGGGGGAUGAGAUACAGCCAGACGCCCCAGAUAGGGCGAAGCCAAUCUGCUUCCUACUAUCCAGUGUGUCACUCAAAGCUUGACCUGGAACGUUCUUCCCUCCCCGCCAGCCAGCUGGGCUCUCCAGAUGUGUCUCAUCUCAUAAGAAGACCCAUCACAGUUAAUCCCAGUGAAAUCAAGCCUCACCCGCCGACUCCAAGGCCCCUGCUCCACUCUCAGAGCGUUGGCCUCCGCUUCUCUCCCUCCAGCAAUAGCAUCUCCUCCACCUCCAACCUGACUCCCAACUUCCGCCCUUCCGCUUCGAUUCAGCAAAUGGAGAUUCCUCUCAAGCCAGCUUAUGACAGGUCAUGUGAUGAACUCUCACCAGUCUCUCCCACUCAGGGGGGUUAUCCCAGUGAGCCAGCCCGUUCCCGGACCACGCCGUUCAUGGGAAUCAUAGAUAAAACCGCUCGGACUCAGCAGUACCCCCAUCUCCAUCAGCAGAGCCGGACCUGGGCUGUGUCAUCAGUGGACACUGUCAUUAGUCCUACGUCUCCUGGCAAUCUCCCCCAGCCGGAAUCAUUUAGCCCGCCUUCUUCAAUCAGCAACAUUGCCUUUUAUAACAAAACCAACAAUGCACAGAAUGGCCAUUUGCUAGAGGAAGACUAUUACAGCCCCCAUGGGAUGCUGGCCAAUGGGUCCCGGGGAGACCUCCUGGAGAGAGUCACCCAAGCCUCCUCGUAUCCCGACGUCAAGGUGGCAAGGACGCUGCCUGUGGCGCAGGCCUACCAGGACAACCUGUACAGGCAGCUCUCCAGGGACUCCAGGCAAGGGCAGACAUCCCCAAUCAAACCAAAGAGACCAUUUGUGGAGUCUAAUGUGUAAAAGACGCUUGUUGGAGUAAGACCCUCAUGUUUUCAGCACACACACUUCCAAGCUUGAUUUCCAUGCAUAUUAUUAUUAUUAUAUUAUUAUUAUUAUUAUGAUUUCUCUUUGGUAGCUACAUGACCAAGUUUCUCCGGUACUUUGUGUGGUGGUCAGACAGCCAUGCACAUGCUCCAGCCCUUUCGUUCCCCAGCUGACCGUGAAGCCAACAUCAGCCAAGCCAGUAUCGUUUGCCCAAUUCCAGCUAAGUUUCCAGCCGGGAUACCUUAGUGCGUGGUGCGGGGUGGCCCUGAAUCUCCCCUCCACAGCGGGAGGUAACCAAGAGACAAUCGCGUUCAAUUUAAGUUGGUUUCUUUUGUCUUGAUGAGCUCUGACUCAAUUCUGAUGGGCAUUCCUAGCGGGAGCAGAGCAGGGAUCACAGGAGCCUUUCACAAGGCUGCAUCCUUGGGAAUGCCAGCCAGGUCAUUUUGACUCUGCCCCUCAAAGAGCAAAUUACCCACAGCGAGCAAGGGCACGAUGUGUUUUGACACCAAGUAGCUAUGCACAAUCACCAUCCUGCUUCAUCUGGUGUAGAGCAUUUCAAUCCGAAUUGGAUUCAGUGGAUUCCUUCAUUGUUUAAUCCAUCGGCAGCCAGAAGGGGUGGGAUCACACUGUGCUUCGCUACUUUGCAAACUACCUGCUGGGUACCUCGACACUGAUUUGCUCUGGGGCAUUUUAAAGGCAUUGGGAGAUUAAAGUUGGCCCUUCGUAUGCCUUGUAAUUAGCCGAGGGACUUGGCCACAAACCUCUUGCAUGUGAACUGGGAUGGCAACACUUCACCCCGUGAGCAGACGACUGCAUCUCACACAUAGCACCGUGUUUCCACUGGGACGGUUUGACGCUGGGGGUUUCAUUUGGUGGGUUUUGCAAGGAAAACCAAAAAUCUCACUUAGAAAAUGAGAUUCGAGGAGGAAAAUGGCAAGUUUUAAUGGUUUUUAUUAUUAUUGUUUGAUGAUGAGGCUGCAUGAUGUGGCACGAUGGUUCCCAAGACAGGAAGGGUCCUCCUGCAAACCCACCCUGGCAGCAUCCCCCGAGCCGGUGCCGUAGCAAGGGCUGCACUCCAAGAUCCAUUCCCAAAACCUUGGAAAGCCGUUGCCAUGUUCCAUAUCUGUACAUGGUAGAGACCACAUUUUCCUUUCUAAGGAGCUGUAGUUAAAGAGAGAUAUUUAUAAUUUAUUUAUGUGAUCUGUUUCAGGACUUCUGUUUAGGUUGUUUUUCCUAUUUUUUUUAUUCAAAUGCAAAUCCCAUUGGACAGUGGGAAAAGGGGGAACAGUUCCAAAAUCCUUUUCAUAGGAUUUUCCAUGAUCUUUCAAUUAUCCUCUGACUUUUUUUUGGGGGGGGGAGGGUGUAUGGAGGAGCUCUCUUUACAGACUCAUUGACUGCUGGUGGGUUUGUAAUCUGCCUUUUCAGUUGCGGAGAGUGAAGGGUGGGAUGAAGAUGAGGGAAAGCGAUAACUGUAGCUUGUUUUAAAGCAAAAUAGUGCCUGUUGCCUGAUGCUGAACCUCCCUCAUAUCAGCUCUUGAGAUGUCAGUGCUGAGCAGGAGCGGUACCUUCAGUGUUUCCAAAGGGCUAUGCGAAUAGAUUGCAAGACUUCUUGAACCAAACCCUGGGGUCCAACCUGGUGUAAAUGGGCAGAUCCCCAGCACCACGUCAGUGCAGCUCCAUCCAUUUACACCAGCUCAGGACUUGGUCUGAAACUCUUUAAGCAAACCCUGGCUUCGAUGGGGCCAUUCCAGUUUCUUUCUGUGUGUGGAUCAGCACAUCUCAUUGCGAUUCUGUGCCUGGGAUGCGCACACCUUGGGGUGACAGAGGCUUGUGUCUCACAGACAUGUGCAGGGGGGGUUUCCUCUAUGGGCUUUGGCAAUUUUUGUGCUCUUUGGGGCUGUUUGGUGUUUGUCCAAGGGAUUUGGAUUGAGGUUGGUGUUUCGUUUCUCGAGGUGCCUCCCAGUGCUGACUCUUUGCUUCCUUGCAGGGCUCUGUAGAGCAGGGGGGUAGACUGGGAGACCCCUUGGUAGGGCAGGCUCCCCGCAGCUGUGGGGACACACAGCUCCUUGCACUGUUCCUCUCCUUGCAAAGGGGGUGUGAUGGGCUUUUUUUUCCCUUCCUCUCUUUUUUGAAGCAGCAUGUUCUGCUUUGUAAGGAAUAACUGAUUUCUUCUCCGCAUACAGUGCACCUAAAGCUAGGACAUGCCUAUCCGUGGGUCUGGAGUAGUCGCUUUGCUCAACGCCUCCCAUCCUCCAGCUUUCUGAGCCAGUGAGUAGCUUCCUCCCUUUAGUUGCUUCUUUGAAAGGAAAAAGUAACCGAAUUCAGCCCCAUCCCUGUUGUGCACGUCCAAGCGAGAUGCGCUACGGCUGCGAGCUGGUUCUCUCCACUGGGAUGCAAACGGGAUGGUGUGGGAGCAGUGAUGGAGCCUAUGCUUUGCUUUCCCUAUUCACUGCCUCGUGCUCCCAGUACUGUCCUGACACAUCCCCUCGCAGCACUUCUGUGUAUAGCUUUUGGGUUGAUGAAGAUAUUUUAAGGGAAAAAGACAACAGCUCACACUUGUAACACAAACACCAAGCUGCAAGAAGGCUUAAAUACUGCAGUGUGCAGGUUUGUUCACAAUACCACGUGCUCACAUUUCUCACAGGAUUCUUGCACUAAUGGUUUUCCAUCUGUUCUCUCUGUAAAUGGGUGCACUUUACUGUUUGAAUUUGUUACUAUGAGAAAUACUGGAUAUUUAAGCGUGAGUAGUGUCUUCGUUAGAGAAAUAGCAAAGCAGCUCUUGUCUCUUAGUGUAUUUUUCAAAAAGGAGGAAAAAAGCAAAGAAACGAAGCAAUGAAUCCGAACAUUUAUAGCACAAGAACUGACUCUUGUAUAUAAGCAUCAACAGAUUGAGUAAUUUUUAACUACAAAAUGAUUUGCAGUGGCUUUAAAGCACUUCCCCAGCAAUUCUCUUCGGGAGGGUUGAGGCAGGGUGGCUGCUGUGGUACCCAGGUGAGUAAGGAGCACUCUUCUCCCUGGAAAAGCCAUUCCCUGUGUCCUCAAAGUCACGCUUUGGAUUUGGCAAGGAGGAAAAGCAGAGGUGGUUCUGUGCUGUGCUGUUGUGCGUGGUCCUGUUGGGAAGCGCGCUGUUGUCCACGUGGCUCGGUGGAGCUCAGGUCUCACUGAUGUCCCUUCACUUUCUCAUCUCAGAUAUAUAUCUAGCAAGCCCAGGCCGCGUUGUGGGAGCAUGUGCAGAGUUCCAGACACGGUGCUGUCGUGUCCAUCUGUGCUGUGUAUUUAAUUACUCUUUGAUUAAUUAGGAUGUGGGAUGAUGCUGCCAGCAGUGCCUCUGUCCCCUCUCUGGCUGCAGUGGCACCGCUGGCGAGCCCCUGUCUUGAGAUUGAGGAGGAUUCUUGGGUGCACGAAGGAAACCAGUUUCUUGGUGACAUGGAAACCUCCAGGUUUGGUUCCUGGGGCACGUUGGGUGGCAGUGCUGAAGCUGACCCAUGUAUUUAGGUGACCUUCCCACCGGGUGUCUCUCAUCCUCUGCCCGCAGCCACUCCGGGAGCUGCAGAGCCGGAAUCUUCUCUCCCAGCUUGGGGUGUCCAUGCCUGCCAUGUCCCUCGGUGCGGCUCUUGGUCUCCCAGGCUGGGAGGAUGCUCUGGUCCCAUGGGAGCAGACUCCUGCCUGGUUGGGAGCUGUGCAGGGUCCCCACCAGCCCGGCUGGGAACAGUGUUGGAGGGCUUUGGAAACAGUCAUUAGUGGGCAUCUGAAGUGUUUUGUAAAGGGAGGGUUUUACCAAGACCGUCAGGAUUGGUCUCUGAAGGGGUCUCUGAAGGGCACCUGGGAAGAGCACAGGCUGUGCCAGAUGAGCCGAGGUGGUGUCUGUCCAUCCAUCUGUCCAUCUGACUCCGGUGCCCGCAGGUGGGUCCAUCCGAGCACUGAGCCUUUGGGGGUGUUUUUCUUUAACCUGGCUGUAAAGAAAAACCUCUUGGUGAGUGUGAACACUGUGUGUGCGGGUGACAGACGCCUCAGCCACGCUUGGGUUAGGUCCAGAGCCAGGGUGGCUACAGAGAUCCUGUCCCCUCAUGCAAAGGCCGCUGUAUAUUCAGGGUAACCCAGAAGAAGUCGAGCUCAAACCGAAGUGCCAGCUCCGCCUUACCUAGAGAAACAAGCAAGCCAGUGUGCCUCCUCUUUCACGCCAAGGGGGGUCCGCAGCAAGCUGUUGCAAGCUCUUUGCUGGUUGUACUUUGCUUUAGUCUUGGGAAUUCAGGAUAACUCUUCUGUUAAUGGUGUUUAACCAAGGGCUUAGGGGAAGAGCUGUGGUACCUGCCGGGACCUCUGCGGAUAGAUGCCUUCACCCCAUGCUGGUUGCUCUGACCAAGUCUGGUGGGUGCACGUUGGACACAAAGCACAAUGGUUGAAAGUGAACCUGUGAUCUUAUUUUUCAGAUGUGUGUGAAUAAUUGCUGGGAUUUAUUUUUUUUUCCGUUCGAUCAAACUCUUUUUUCUAAUACAAACCACUAAGGGCUCAAUUCUUUAGCAAGAUGCAUUCGUGUCCAACUCCUGACUAUACAGCUGGAUCUCACCUCAACUGUUACAGACCGACCCGAGAGAAAACACAGCGCGACCGUCACCGGGAGAGCCAAGAGACACCAAACCCACCCGCUGUAUCCUUCCCUCCUGCUCAUCUCCUCGCUGUCACGGUACUGGGGAGUCAGCAGCCAGGUCCCAUCCGACGGGAUCGCGUCCCAUGGCUGCUGUGCCAAAAGACUUUGUCCCUUCUGGGUGAUGCUGUCCGGGGCCGUGCUGGGUGGGUUGGAAGCCUCACGCCCAGGGACUGGGUCACUUCACCGCAGGGCUGCCUCGCUGUGCACCAACAGCCAGACACUGGGAGCAGCACCGUGUGCCACGUCAAGUCUGUUCUGUUGCUACACCGAUAACCCAGAGACUCACGUGGACUCUGCCAGCGCUGCCGGUGUCAGCCCUGUCCAAGCCUUUUCUUUCCCAUAGUGUUGCAUUCAACGUUCCGUCUCCCUUCUGUCUUCACACCCGAGAGGAGCUGAGUUUGGUACAAACACGUACAGUACACACACCUUGUGCUUUGUACAAUUCCCUGGCUACCAUCCUCCGAGACACUUGCUGGGAAGAUCUUUAAGACACUUACAAUUUUCCUUUAGCUUUUCUAUAACUCUGAUGUAAAGGACUUUCUCUCUCUGUACAGUAUAUUAUUCAAUGCAUGUUCUGUUCUCUCUACCGAUAUAUUGAACACCACACAGUUGUGAUAUUGUGCAGUGGGAAGAGCAGCCCCUGCCAACAGCGGAGGCUUUUGCCUCUCAUGUAUAAGGAAAGAAGAAAACAUAUUUUUUCCUUUGCUGUAUUUGCUUGAGCAGAGUUUUCUUGUCUGUACAUGUGAGCUGUGAGAUAGAUGUGAAAAGUUCAAAAGAAUGCAUUUCCCCCCCCGACCCCCAAUGUAUACAGAUUGUAAUCUGUACAAUGAAACUGUAUGUAUGAACAAAUGUACUUAUUUAUAAAUGGUUAACACUUGGA